AUGCUCGAAGACCCGUCCUAUGCGCAGAUCGUCAGAUGGGGAGACGACAGAGACAGCUUCGUCGUCCUGGAGGUCCGUCUCUCUCUCUCUCUCUCUCUCUCUCGCUUCUUAUACUUCUAUCCAGUUUCUAAUAAUCCUGUAGUGCGAGAAGUUCACCAAGUCCAUCCUGCCGAAGCACUUCAAGCACAGCAACUUCGCCAGCUUCGUGCGCCAGCUCAACAAGCGUGGGAGUUUAAACACCCCGAGUUCAAGGCCGACAACAAGGACUCGCUCGACAACAUCCGCAGAAAGGCGCCGGCGCCGCGCAAGCAGGCGCCCGCCAAGGAAGACUCCAUCCCCACACAGCAGCUCGACCUGCUCAACUCCCAGCUCCUCGCCCAGCAGCAACAGCUCCAGCACCUCACCGAGCGCAUCUCCCAGACCAGCAUCGAGCACCAGAUGGUCCUCCAGGAAGUCCGCCGCGUCCAAAAGUCCGUCCUCGGCCACGACCAGGUCGUCCACUGCAUCCUCACUUACCUCCACUCCCUCGACGCCCGCCAGAAGAGAGACUCCCGCGCCGCCGCCGCUGCUGCCAGCCUCUCCUUCCAGUCCCAGCCCACCGAUCUCAGCCCGUCGCAGGUCGCCGGCAUAGAUGAGAACCCGGCUGCCUCCCCUUUACAGCAUGCAACAAAGCUGCUCAACGAGAUGACCGCAGAGAACCAGUUCAACUUCUCCGCCCUCGAGGGGAUAGUCGCCGCCACCCCACCCCUCGACCCCCAGCAGCAGCAGCAUCAUCAGCAACAACAGCAGCAGCAGGCCGCCGCAGCCGCAGCCGCAGUUCAGCAGCAACGAGCCAACGCUGCCGCUGCUGCUGCCGCCGCGGCCGUCAACGGGGUCAACGGGGUCAACGUCGUCGGUGGUGUCGUCGGGAUGACACCGCCCACCUCUGCCGCCGCCGCAGCCCAGCAGCAGGCCGCCUCGCUCUCUUCUUACCCCAAGAUGAACGGCGAGCUCGAGCAGGUGGUCUACCCGGUCGGCGCAACCAACGGCAUAGACCCCAUGUACAGCGAGCACGUCAACAACAUCCCUUACCCGCUACCCACCAACUCCUCUGCAAAUAAGGACAUGGACGUCCCGGACGUACGGCGGCAGUACCCAGUCGGCAACGACGGCCGGAAGAAGAGCAUCUACCCGGACCCAGGCUGGGCGCGGAGUCCGCACAUCCUGCUCGUCGAAGAUGACCAGACCUGUCGCCAGAUCGGAGGGAAAUUCCUCUACUCUUUCUCCUGCAUCGUAGACACCGCA